CGCCUUCGGAGGGCGGAUAUAUUAUUUGUUUUGUAUAUAUUAUUUAAAAUUAAAUUUAUAUAUUUAUUUCUUUCCUUGUAAUAUAUAUGUAUUUUUUGUAAUCAUACUUGUGUUUUUAUCAACAAACGUAUUUGCGUAAUUUAAAAAAAUGAUUAGUAAAGUAUUUGUAUAAUUGUAUUGAAUUUAUUAUAUUGUUAAAUUAUACAUGUGUGCCAUAGCCUUUACCACGUUAAUAUGAUACUUUAUUUUCAAACUGUUAUUCUGUUAAAAAAUAACAAAAUAUUGUUACAGUUUUGUUUAGUAAAAAAAUAGUAAUUAAAUAGAUAGAUUAAAUAAAUAAAAUAAAAAUAAACAUUAAACAUGAUUUAAUUUCGUAUAUAAUUAUAAUUAGAUUAUUAUUACACAUAAUAAUUUGUAUACCAAUUAUAAAUGAAUUAUGUAAAUCAAAGUCCAUGGCCCAAUUUUAAUGGGUUUUGUAAAUUAAAUGUUUAUGGCCCCAAUAUAUUGAUGCAGUUAGGCGAGAACUGAUGUGGUGGUUAUUAGGUUAACUGAUGCGGUGGUUAUCGUAUAAAGUUUGUAUUUUUCUUAUAUACAGUUAUCAUAUUAAAAGGUAGGUAUCAUGGAAAAUAUUUGUUGGACUCAACUAACAUCAAUAGGUCACACUUGUGUUUUAAUAGAAUAGAUAUGUAGAUAUUAAGAAAUAAUUCCUUUUUCUUUCAAGUUAAGAUUAUAAAACAAUUACAGAGAAUUAGUCACGUAUAAUACAUUUAAACACUUUCCAAACACUAUAUGACAAUUUAUAUGCAAGAUAUUUAAUGUGUAUGGCUUGAAUUAGUAAACUUAUAAUUCUGGUCGCAUGCAAUUUGUGGUAACUAAACGAUCAAUAGCAAAGAUAAGUCAUAGCCACACAGUUCUUAAUAUACAAGGACACAUUAAUUAGAUAAACGUGAAGGUGCCCCCCAAUAAAAGUUGAAUGUGAAGUUUUCAAGCUCUACUAUAUCCCACAAUAUAACAUCAGAUAUUCAGAUGGGUCUUCUCUUUGUAUGAGCUGUGUAUACCUGAUCUUGUCGUUUCAUUUUCGAUAUAUAUAGAGAGAGAGGGAUCGACUGUGAAAAUGGUGGGGCAAUGGUGGAAAGAAGGUGAUGAAAAGGUGGUGAUCAGAUGCUACAAUGAUCAAAGGGACAGAAUUGAAAUGGAAUGCGUGGAGAAAAGUUGUGAGAUUGGUAACGACCAAACUUUUCUCUUCACCGACACAUUAGGCGAUCCUAUCUGCAGAAUCCGGAACACUCCUCGCUUCACUAUGCUGGUGGCAGAGGUUAGGAACAAGCUGGUUGGUUCCAUACAAGGGUCAGUAAAGCCAGUUAAGUUGCAAGAUAAGUCAGUGAAUGUUGGUUACGUUCUUGCUCUCAGAGUCAUGCCGCCGUAUCGACGCCAUGGCAUCGGUUCGAUGCUCGUGAGAAAGCUUGAGGAAUGGUUCAUGUCUCACAAUGCUGACUAUGCUUACAUGGCCACCCAAAAGGACAAUGAGGCCUCUCUCGGUCUCUUCGUCGGAAAACUUGGCUAUGUAAUCUUCAGAAACCCGGCAAUUCUGGUCAAUCCAGUAAACCCCAGAGGUUUGAAACUACCUUCUGAUAUUGGAAUAAGGAAGCUAAAGGUGAAAGAAGCUGCGUCAUGGUACCGGAAACACGUAGUAUCAAAUGCAGAUUUUUUCCCGGACGACAUAGUCAAAAUCUUGCGGAACAAGUUAAGUAUAGGGACAUGGGUAGCUUAUUACAAGAACAACGACAAGAUCAUAAGUUGGGCUAUUCUUAGUGUAUGGAACAGUAGCAAAGUAUUCAAACUUAGGAUUGGCAAAGCUCCUUUGAGCUUUGUGAUUCUCACCAAAGUUUGCAACUUCGUCGGUAGAUUCUUGCCGUUUUUAGGCUUAACGGCGUUGCCAGAUCUGUUUACUCCGUUUGGGUUCUAUUUCCUUUACGGUGUGCACGCGGAAGGUCCGUUACGUGGGAAACUCGUUAGGACAUUGUGUGAGCACGUUAGUAACAUGGCUGUUUUAGAUGACGGUGGGGAGUGUAAGGUCGUGGUGGUAGAGGUCGACGGAGAAAGCAACGGCAGUGAUUAUUCUCUGAGGAGAUGUGUUCCUCAUUGGAAAAUGCUUUCGUGUGAUGAUGACACAUGGUGCAUCAAACCGUUGAAACGUGAAGAGAAUACGACUAGUUUGAGUGACUUUACCAAUAUGUUCCUGAAUUCAAAGUCGCGCUGUCUCUUUGUGGAUCCAAGAGAUGUGUAGUUAAGCUAGCUAGGAAAAUUGGUUGCAUGUUUGGCUGAUAACUUACAGAAUAGAAAAAUAUAUGAAAUUAUUUCGCUGUCUCGUAAAUUAUCAUGACAUAAUAUUAAUGAUGCUACUCCAUGACUGUUUAGUGACAUUAUGGUCUUUAAUCAGAUGCUAAACGCGCUUGAAUGGCAACCGCCAAAUGCCCAACUGUCGAAACCAUACAAAAUUAACACUUAUCAAUCAACAAAACACAAUCAAACCCCAUCGACUCACAAACCGUUAAGAUCUUUAAUCUAUGAAUCCAAGACAUCUUGUGGGGUUUGAGUUUUUCUCUGCAUUUUGUUUGGCGCAUGACAUAGCGGGAGAAAUGGACCCUAGUUAAUUAUUAUUUUUGUCUUGAUUCGAGAACAAAGGUGUGAUAGUUUAGGUAAUCAUCGUUCUCCAUAUAAAAUCUGAAAAAGAUUUCCUGAUGUGACACGUCAGCGAUACGUAGGUUCCAUUUUUAAAAAGUGCGAAAAAAGUGUCAAGUAUGUGACUCGAACCCGGGUUAUUGAGAUCUAAACAACAACAUUUAUACCACUGAGCUUAAAGAUUCUUUGUACAUUGAUGGCUGAAACAAAUAUAUAUUUAUGAAGGUCGAAAACUUUUGCUUCUUCGGUUUUCUCUGUGGGAUCCACACUUAUUUAUUUUAUCUAAUGAUUUAAUAAAUAUUUUAUAACUCACGUUUUGAAAUGGGAUUCGUUAAAAAAAAAGCCCAAUAAACCUCUUUGGUCUGUAAGCGUUCUCUUCAAUGGAAGUUUAGGGCUUUCAAUUUUUAAUCAUCGGUUCAUGACUCAUCUAAGAAACACAGAUUGGCUCUAUGAGUUUCAUGAAUCAGUUUUUCUUCUUCAGUCUCUACAUCUUCCCAUCUUUAAUAAAUUCAUCAUCGGUUCUUUUAUUUUGCCUGAUAAAUCAUGAUUGUGUGGUUUUAAUUUUCUUUGGUCAUCCUUAGCUUGCACCCUUUGAUCUAACCAAGAAGAAGAAGAAGACAUUUGUCGUUCAGGAUGCCAUCGAGGACUCAGCUGAGUCACACAGGAGACAUACUAUCUGUUGCCUGAUUGUUCAAAAAGAGUUUAUGUGUUGUGACACAUAUUUGUUUCUUUUCAUCAGUUGCUUUGUUUAAUCUUUUUUCCUGCAAAUAAUGAUGGAUUUGACAGUUCAUUCACGAGAGCCAAGAAGUAAAAGAAGAAGAAGCCAGUGAGUGUUUGAUAUUUUCUGUCUUCCUGAGCUUUUUUUUUCCAUUCAUUAAACUUGGAUUUUGAAGAUUAUGUGCCUCACAUUCUUUUUAUUUUGAUGGUUGUUAGGUUGAAUGAAGAUCAUUGAAUAAAGAAAAUGUAGAUGCUCCUGAAGAUUUGGAGGAGCAUCCUAAUGAUGAGGAAAAGGUGGAGGGAAUUGAUCUGCACCAGCAACGUUACCCGUGGGAGGGAAGUGACAUGGAUUACUUAUAUGACGAGGUAAGCAUAUCAUUAGAUGGUUUGCGGUCCAUCUUUGAGAGCCGUCGAUUGUAAGUGUCUAUCGUUUUGAAGUUGUACGACACUAAGAUGUAAAGAAUUACUAAUCACGAUUACCUUACUAGCAGAGUUCUUUUGCACAGCUAUUGUCAAUGGAAUUAACACUGGAAAUUGAUGGUGUUAUAUUUCAUGUUCGAAAUGCUAACGUAA